CUCACUCGCUCUCUGUUCAUUUUUUUUUUGCCUCCUUCAUUUCCCCCCAGGGGUUCGUUCUUUCGCCUUUCUCUUCUCUUUCUUCUUUGUCGCUACCAAAUGUGAAGGAGCUGCUGGGUAGAGCAUGAACUGAAGCCCUAGGGUUUCUUUUUCUUCUCCCCCUCCCCCAAAUCAAUCAAUCAGUCAGUCAAUCAGAUCUUCCGUCCAGCUCACUCUUGCAUAUAUUUUACCCCUUCAUUCGUAUUCCUUCCAUGGCUAAAACCAGGCCAGGCCUCGCCUCCAGCAACUCCAAGCCCAAAGGUACUGCCAGUGCUGCUGGUGCUGGCAAGAAGGAGCUCGACUCCUACACCAUUCGCGGCACCACCAAAGUCGUCAAAGUGGGCGACUGCGUGCUGAUGAGACCUUCCGACACCGGGAAGCCGCCUUACGUUGCCAGAAUCGAGGGCAUCGAUUCCGACUCCAGAAAUAAUGUCAAGGUCCGGGUCAGGUGGUACUACCGCCCCGAGGAGUCUCUCGGAGGCCGCCGUCAGUUCCAUGGCGCCAAAGAGCUCUUUCUCUCCGACCACCACGAUGUCCAGAGCGCACACACCAUCGAGGGGAAAUGUACUGUUCACUCGUUUAAGAACUAUACCAAACUCGAGAAUGUUGGUGCCGAGGACUACUUCUGCAGGUUCGAGUAUAAGGCUGCUACUGGAGGCUUCACCCCGGACCGUGUUGCUGUGUACUGCAAAUGUGAGAUGCCGUAUAACCCGGAUGACCUUAUGGUCCAAUGUGAGGAGUGCAAGGACUGGUAUCAUCCAGCUUGUGUGGGAAUGACAAUUGAGGAAGCUAAGAAAUUGGAUCACUUUGUUUGCUCUGAAUGUUCUCCUGACGACGAUGUCAAAAGACCACAGAAUGGGUUUUCAACAUCACCAACAGCUGAUGUCAAGUGGGUCAACCUUGAUGCCCUCAUUGCAUGCUAGUGUGUGGCUGCAAGUUGAUGCACAUCUUUCAGUCCUUGAUUGAGGUGGAGACUAAGCGGCGGAAGAGAUAAAAAUGACCAGCAUUUGCUAUGGCCGAUUUAGCUUGGUAGAGGAUUGACGACUCUGCUGCUUUUUGCGAGACGUGGAGCAGCGCAGAGAGAACUUCAGUGUGCUGUGCUCAAUCCUGCUGGCUGACUGGGUUUCUUGAUUGUAAUAUAUUAACCCUAUCUGUCUGUCUGUCUGUCUGUAUGUGGAACUAACUAGUGCUCUGGACAGACAGUUCUCUUCUAAAUUUAUCCUUCUGGGCCCUUUACAACCACCGACCGUAACAGUUAAUCAAAUCUGUUGAGGGAACAGCUCUCUUGCCCAGUAUGACACUCUCCUUUUGAAAAACGUGAUGCACAUCUGUAAGAGGACCUGUGUCAAUGUGGAUUCUGAACUGAGGCUACCAUGUUGCAUCCAUAAACUAGGAGAGUCGUGAACUCGUGAUAGCAUGAGCUAGGUUAGGGCAAGUAAUGGCGGGUGUGGGAGUUCACCACCUCGCUUGAUAGCGAGUUGGACUGAAGGCGAUCUCAAUCGGGUAGACUACUGAUGGCAGCUGGAGUGGAAAGGGGCUUGCAGCUGCAGGUGUAAUGUCAGUUGGAUGAAUAAGAUCAUAGAUGCAUGCAUAUGGCUUGGUAAAGGUGAAGGCU